AUGUUCCAACCAGAGGAUUUCCCUCCUUUAGGGAAAACAGAUAACAAGAGAUCAGAAAUCCUUCCUUCAAAGAUUUCCCCCUCUAGAUCACUAGAACCGCUGACACCACUAGAAGAGGUGCUAAACUGGCAAACCUCCAACUCAAUCGUCCAGAAUACAUAUCUAAAAAAGAUAGAUGGGAAACUGGACCAAGCUUUACACCUAGCUCAAAAGCUGGAUCAUAAGUUGGAUACUUUCUCACAAGAAGUACUCCAGCUUCAUUCAUCACUUACUGCAAAGUAUCAGGCUCUGGAUAGAGAGCUUCGGAUACCUCAGCCCAUUACAUCCGCCUUUAUACAAAAGGAAAAGGAGAUCACACGGCUGAAAAAACAAAUAGAUCAAAUUGAGCAUGAUCUUCGAAGAGACCAGUCUACUAUGAUUCCAUCCUUUACUUCAGCAGCCUCCACAUCAUCGGCUAUUGCUCCUUCGUACUAUUCUUCAUUCCCUUUUCUUUCACAACCAGAACAACCACAAGAAACCCUUUAUCAGCCCUUUGGCACCUUCUCUCACCUUUAUCCAAAAAACUCAGAAACCCAGCAAAAGAAAACCUCUCCUCCUUUAGCCUCUAAAGACAAACUUCCAGAGCAAUCUCUCAUCAGUCCGUAUGAUUCAGAAUCCUCUUCAAAUACUUCAGAGAUGGCGGACAUCACUAAGAUUCUCAUGAACACUUCUGCUACUGAUCCCAGUCCAGAAAUAGUGGAACCUGAGGAUGAGGAUGCUCAGUCAUUCUUUGCUCCCACUGGAGCUCCAAACCCAAGGUCAAAACCAGCUAGCACGGUACCUUGGUUCACUUUUAAUGACCUACCACCAUCGAAAUGGAAGGACAAGCUUUCCGAAUUCUUGGCAUGGAUUGAUCUCCAGAUGACCUUUGAAGGGGCCACACUCAAAAAAGUCCUUGCCGAAUUUGUCACAAGGUUUACCGGAAGCUUAAGAGAUUGGUUUCAGUCUCAGCCUGAAUACACUAGGCUUCAAUUUGUCACUCUGCCAACUCCAUUAGCAGCAGUAACAAUCCUCCAUAACCAGUUCCUUGGGAGUUAUGACCUUGUCAUAAGACAGCAGAAACAAGAGUUCUUUGAUCGAAAAUGCUGUUCAUUAAAAAUGAAGGAUCUGGAAAAGCACUAUUCGGCUAUGUCCAAACUCUACUAUGUCAUUGGAGGACAUGAUGGUGACGAUACACUAAAGUAUACCUUCAUCACCUCUCUGCCGGAUGAAAUACAACCUGAGGUCAACAAUAUGAUUGCGGCAACAAAGAGACCAGUCACCUCUAUUACACUUGGCGAAAUUUGGCAAUUCACACUCUCUUCCAUUAAGAGAUUGUGUGAUCAACAAGAGCUAUUCAAAAGGUUAUCUCAAAGGGAUUUGAUAGUUCAAAAGGCUUGCAACAAGAACCACCUCAAGAUUAAGUGCAAAGCCGCCAACUGCGUCUGUUCAAAUUAUAAGAUGAAGCCUGGACAUCAUUUCCAGAAAUACACGCGCAGCAACAAGAAGUUCAGGGAAAAGACCCCAAAGAGGUUCAAAUAUUUCCGUAAGAAACGGAAUCAAGGGUACAAGUCUGACAGGUGUUUCAUCUGUAAAAGAAAGGGACACUAUGCAAAAAAUUGUCCUAGGAAUCCAGAAAAGUCAGCAAAGAUGAUCCAACAAGUCAGCAUGUCUUUAUCUCUUCCAGACUCUUUUGAAGUGGAGAUAGAAUCUCUACUUUCGGAGCAAGAGGAUCUUACCCCAAAAAGCUUAUUUGGGUUAGAAAUGGAGUUCUCAGACUCCACAGAGUCCUCACAAGAAUCUUCUUCAGACCCAGACGAUAGUGAAAUACCAAUCUUGAUGAUUGAUCUGCAUGAAGAAAGUCAGGAGAAUAUUCUGGAAGAUGUAAUACAAUAUCCUCUCUCUCCAACCCUACUGUCUUCUUUCUUUGUUUCUUCCCCACCUCUUGAAACUUUUUAA